AUCCGGGAUUUACAGGAAUUGGCAGCCGGAACAGCGCUGAUUGAGUAAUAUUCGAGUUCUGCAGUGCUUGUUUACUGGUUUUAGUUGUUUUAUUCUCUGUUUUGCACGUUCAGACGCAUUUCAGUGGCAGCAGCAGCAGCAAAACAAUCACCGCCGCUCUUCACCAUCACCAACGAAAGAAUAGAACAAGACUCAAACAAACAAACAGAAACAGCACCAACAAUGGAUCAGGAACCGGCAACAGAUCUCAAAUCAAAAAUCAAACGGUACCCGUCCGCGCCGUCGUUCUCGAAAGCGGCCGCUGCUGUUCGCGGCAGACGCCUCACAACAACCGGAACUCCGCCAACUGUUCACGAACUUCCGCCGUCGUCUGCAAAUUCCUCUCAGUUUCAUCCUCCGUCGACCUCGACCUCCGUCUCGGCUUCCUCCUCGAGCGCAUCAAACUCCUCUCCCCGGAUCGAGUCCGACUCGUCCUUCUACCUCUCCACCCCGCCGCUGCCUUCCUCCGCCCUGACCCCGCAGCUCCCAAAUACCCCCACCACCCCCGCCGUCCCGCGCACCGUCAGCUCGAGCAGGCGUUCUUCGGGCAGAACCGACUCGGGCAGGUCCGGAAAGUUCAGUUUCAGCUCGUUCGUCUCGUCCAUCAAAGGCGGCACCGCGCCUGCAAAGUACGAUAAAGCGCUCGAGAUCUCGGGCCCAUACAACACCCAGCAUGUCACCCAUGUCGGCUACAAUCUGCAGACCCGCGAGUUUACCGGCCUUCCUCCCGCCUGGCAGAAAAUCCUCGCCGACUCUGGCAUCUCCCAAUCAGAGCAAGAAAGCAACCCACAGGCAGUCAUGGACGUCGUCGCCUUCUACUCUGAGAUUCAAUCCCAGCGCGCAGACGACGAAAUCUGGCACAAAUUCGACCACGCGCGUCACCAAGACAUGGCCAGCUUCCCAUUCUCUCCAUCUACGCCGGCCUCUCCCGCCGCCUCGCAAGUCCUGCAGCAGUACAAUCCCCCGCCGCCCCGCUCGCCUCACUUUCCUCGACAUACCGAGGGCUCGUUCGAGAACCCUCGACCGGCUCCUGCUCCGCCGCCACGAAACAACAACGGUCUUGUGCCCAGUCGGCCUGCUCCGAAGCCGCCGGCGUCCAGCAAGGCACUGCAGCAGCAAUUUGGUGCUCCUCAGUCGCCGUCAUCAAUCGGCUAUCCAAAGUCUCAGCCGGGCUCUCCAUCGCCUACAGUCACCAGAAAUACAUCAAUUCGGUCGAUCUCCCAGCCAAUACCCUUCGGCAGUAGCAACAGUACCGUCUCCUCGCCAUCGCUACACAAGCAAUCCUCGCCGAAUCUGCAGCUCCAGCAGCAGCAGCCGUCGCAGCCACAACAGCAGACUACACCUAUACUCAUGCAAGGCGAUGUACUGGCAGAGUCGCCGCGACGAGUACGACAGCAUCAUUCUCCACGCGCGCAUCAGAACGGGUUCAACAAGGGCUCGUCGACGACCACAGACCCGUCGAAGGACUCGACCGUCAAGGACAUGGAGCGCCAAGCAGCGGCAGCACGAAAGCGUGAGCAGAAACGGAUACGAGAUGCCGAGCUGAUAAACCGGCUUACUGCGAUCUGCACAAAGGGUGAUCCCACAAAGCUCUACCGCAGUCUGCGCAAGAUCGGACAAGGUGCUAGCGGAGGCGUGUACACCGCAUACCAAGUCGGCACAAACCUGUGUGUGGCUAUCAAGCAGAUGAAUUUGGCGCAGCAGCCGCAAAAGGAUCUGAUUAUCAACGAGAUAUUGGUCAUGAAGGAAAGCAAGCAUCCAAAUAUCGUCAAUUUUAUAGAUAGUUAUCUAUACGGCGGUGAUCUAUGGGUUAUUAUGGAGUAUAUGGAGGGCGGCAGUCUGACAGAUGUGGUGACAUACAACAUGAUGUCUGAAGGCCAAAUAGCUGCCGUCUGUCGCGAAACACUAUUCGGACUGCAACAUCUUCAUUCCAAGGGUGUCAUUCACCGAGACAUCAAAUCCGAUAACGUGCUCUUGUCUCUGACCGGCGAGAUCAAACUCACAGACUUUGGCUUUUGCGCUCAGAUCCAGGAUACUUCUGUGAAGCGGACGACCAUGGUCGGAACCCCAUACUGGAUGGCCCCCGAGGUUGUCUCGCGGAAAGAGUACGGACCGAAAGUCGAUAUCUGGUCUCUUGGAAUCAUGGCCAUCGAGAUGAUCGAGGGCGAGCCUCCGUACCUGACAGAAUCACCUAUGCGAGCACUCUACCUCAUCACCACAAACGGCACUCCGGAUCUCAAAGACCCAGGCGCACUCUCGACAACCUUCAAGGCAUUCCUCGGCUGGGCAUUACAAGUCGACCCGGAUCGUCGCGCGUCGGCGGCCGAAUUGCUUGAGCACCCGUUCCUCAAGUACGCUGAGAAUCUGAGAACGCUCGCGCCACUCGUGAAGGCGGCUCGGCUGGCAAAGUUGCAGGAGCAGAAUGCUAGCUCACAUAAAGCAAAGGAGCAACAGCAGCAGCAACAACAACAGCAGCUUCCUCAGUCGCAGCAUCAGCCUAUUGUGCAGAACGUAUAG